GUUGACUUUUUUUUUUUUUUUUAUAAAAAAAAUUCCUGUAUAAUUUCUCAAACCACCCCUUCCGCUUGUGACGUCUACCUUGAAUUAGGAUACCUGGGACAAGAGAGAAGCGAUUCAUGGCCUUAUCACCCCUCCGUCUCCUGCUGGGGCUGGCAACCCUCGCUUUGGCGGGGCUGUUGUCCGCCCUGCUGUACCGUCAUGGACCGGUGCAGUUGGCUGAGAUGGUGGUCUACCAGCUCCCUGUUGACGUUGUUUACACUCGGGAUAAAUACACCUCUUCUCUCACAACCUUUCUCGCCUGGGUAACCGCUACGGAAGAGGAGGAGAUAAUCCACUGCUACGACCACCCCAUCACCACCUCCUUUGCCCCUGACAGGACAGAGGAGGAGCAAGGGAACUGCCUCGGUGUUGACCCCUCCACUGGCCUCAUAACCCGUGUUUUUUCCAGCAAAGGAGAAGAGAACAAGAGGAAAGGGUAUGUACUCCCCGGAUUGUGGGACGGACACGGACAUUUGUUACAAUAUGGCGAGUUUUUGCACGGGGUGGAUUUGUUUGGGGCCAGGUCGAAGGAGGAGGUGAAAGCGAGAAUAAAAAAGUAUUUAGAGUCACGAAAGGGGGAGGGCGGGGUUGGAUCAAGGGGGAAUUGGGUUAGGGGGGUGGGGUGGGAUCAGGGGUUGUUGAGGGAGGGGAUGCCUACUGCUGACUGGCUGAGUGAUGAUGAGGAGUUGAGGGAUAAGUUCUUUAUGCUGGAUCGGGUGGAUGUGCACUGUACUUGGGUUUCGCAGGCGGUUCUGGAUUUGAUUGAUAUAGACAAAUUGCCUGGGGGGGUUCCAGGGGGGGAGAUUGUGAGGGAGCCGGGGAUGGGCGUGUUUUGUGAUAAUGCUAUGGAUAUUGUUACUGGUUUGUGGCCCAAACCAAACGCCGCCCAGAAAAAGAAGUUCGUGGGCAGUGCGAUGAGGGAGUUGAACAAAGUUGGACUGGUGGGGAUGCAUGAUGCGGGUGUGCUGCCGAGGGAUAUUGAUCUCUAUGAGGAGAUGGUGAAGGACAAAGAGGAGUGGACGGUGAGGGUGUAUGCCAUGGUUGAGUGCCCGGAGAGAAAUACUUUCUGUCCAGAGGUGGCAAGGAAGGUGGAUUUGGAAGGGGGGUGGUUGAGGGUGGGGAGUGUGAAGCUUUUUGCUGAUGGUGCCCUCGGUUCCUGGGGCAGCGCCAUGAUCGACCCUUACUCGGACCGUCCUUCUACCUCUGGCUCUCUCCUCGUCAAUGCCAGCACCCUCCACUCCCUCGCCCUCUCCUGGGCAAAGGCCAAGUAUCAAGUCAACAUCCACGCCAUCGGUGACCUGGCCAACCUCCACGCCAUUGACUCCUUAGCCACGGCCCUCGACGACCUCGAGGUCUGCCCUUACGGCAUCCCACCCAAGAUGUGCCAGCAGAUCAGCUGCCGUUUCCGCAUCGAGCACGCACAAAUCAUUCACCCAGACGAUCAAGCCCGGAUGAGAGAGCUGGGAAUCAUACCCAGCAUCCAGCCUACCCACGCUACUUCUGAUAUGGCCUAUGCGGAGGAACGGCUGGGUAAGGAAAGGAUCGCGAAGGAGGCGUACAGGAUGAGGUCCAUGUGGGAUGUUGGGCCGCCGGUGCUGGGGAGUGACUUCCCCGUGGAGCCGCCGAAUCCCUUUGAGGGAGUAUAUGCUGCAGUUACGAGGAAGAGUCCACAUACAGGCAUUGGGCCGCCAGGGUGGGAAGGUGGGUGGUAUAAAGAGCAGGAAGGGUUGAGCGUGCGGCAGGCAUUUGACGGGUUUACCAGGGGCCCUGCCCACGCGGCGUUUUGGGAGAAGAAGGCCGGUGUGAUCAGGGAGGGGGGAUUCGCCGAUUGGGUGGUGAUGGACGAGGAUGUUUUGAAGGUAGGGGAGGAAGAAAUCAGGUUCUUGAAGGUGAGGGAGACCUGGGUUGCGGGAAAGAAGGUCUACUCCAGAGAUGGCGAGGGUGAGCCGGCGGUAGAGAAGCAGACUGGCGCGAAGGAGGAUUUGUAAGAUGAUGUGUGACGAAUGAAAUGUACAUAAACAGACGAGCGAGCGGCGUUGGUUUAGAAAUGCGUUGAUGAUCUAUGGUUAUACACGAAAAUAGGCGUUUAAAACA